AUGGCUAAAGCAAUAAUCAACUGGAGUCUCAUUCUCCUCCAUCUGACUUCACUGGCCGUGGCUGCCUCAGUGACACAGAACAAGACAGCACUGUCCUCUUGCGCGGCCUCCAUGAAUGGAGCACUUCCGAGUCCCAUUUCCUCAGAUUUUCAUUUCAGUGGCCAGAUCCGCCGCUAUUACAUCGCCGCGGAGCAAAUCAGCUGGAACUACGUUCCGUCAGGCUGGGACAAUUGGCUUGGAGUUCCCAUCCAGGACUCGCCACGAGCAAACUCGACGGGCUACACGGCUUCAGGCUCCCUGGGCACAACAUGGCAAAAAGCACUCUAUCGUGGAUAUACCGACGCUACCUUCACCGAACUCUCCCCUCAGCCAGCAUGGCAAGGCAUUAAUGGGCCGACCCUGAGAGCCGAGGUUGGAGACAUGAUCGAGAUCCUCUUCCUAAACCGCCUUCCGAACAACUACGCCACGAUGCACUCCAUGGGUCUUUCAUACAACAAGGCGAAUGACGGAAGCCUGUACGCGACUAGUCCAAGUCCGGGACAAGAAAGCGUAUUCAUGCCUGGAGAUGCUGUCGCUCCGGGGGAAUGCUUUGUCUACAAAUGGGUGGUGAAUGAGGGAUCGGCGCCAACCCAGGGACAGGUUUCUCAUAUGUGGGCAUAUCACUCGUACGUGAGCAUGCAAGAGGACCAGAAUGCAGGUCUGAUCGGAUCGACCAUCGUCUACGCACCAGGCAUGAUGAACGACACCAUGACGCGACACCGCGAAUUUGUCCUGGUGUACAUGCAAUACGACGAAUCAGAUUCUUUCAUGUCGCAGACAAACCUCGAGCUUCUGGCAGGGACCAACGUUUCCGACGGUGGCACUGACCUGUCCUCGCCCACGCCGCAACUCAAUCAAGGAUACGGGAACUGGUCAAUCUGGAAUCCCCAACUGGUGAACUUGAAGAGUUCUGGCCAACUCAGCGCAACGCAGGCCCCGACUUUCUCCGCCCUCAACGGCUAUGUCUGUGCGAACAACGCCCCCUUCGAAGUCUGCGUCAACGACCCCACCAUCUGGUAUGUCUCGGCUUUUGGCUCGAAUCCGCAUGUCUUUCACAUGCACGGAAACGGGUUCGUGCUCAAUGGGAAUAACUAUGCCGCAAUCAGCAUCAACGACGGCGAGAUGAAGACUUUGCAUUCCAACAUGACCGCCGAAGGCCAGUGGCAGGUGAUAUGUCACGUCGACAACCACCUGGCCUUUGGCAUGGAAGACAACUAUAUCGUCUACCCCGCGGGUCAAUGUCCUCUGCCUGCAUUGGUCGGAUAG